AAUUACUCCUCCGUGUCAAAAGCGGUGUAGUGGUAACUUUCUCACGGGGUCACCAACAUCCGGGGAACUGUUGAUAGGGACAAGCGCCUGCUCGCCGAAAAAAAAACACCGUUCUUCACGGUGAAUUAGAAUAAGUCCCUCGUAAGCGCCCCUUUUCUUUUUUGGGGUUAAAACAACAUAAUGUCUGAUGAGAAAGGAGAUAAAGGGGAUGAGGAGAAGGUGUAUGGGGGCUGUGAAGGGCCAGAUGCUAUGUAUGUAAAACUUGUGUCAUCAGAUGGUCAUGAAUUUAUUGUUAAAAGAGAUCACGCUUUAACAUCUGGCACUAUUAAAGCUAUGUUGAGUGGGCCAGGUCAGUUUGCUGAAAAUGAAACAAAUGAAAUAAAUUUUAGAGAAAUACCAUCGCACGUUUUACAGAAGGUAUGCAUGUACUUCACUUACAAAGUACGAUAUACAAACAGUUCAACAGAGAUUCCAGAGUUCCCAAUUGCACCAGAAAUUGCUCUAGAAUUGCUUAUGGCUGCCAACUUUUUAGACUGUUAAGCUAACUUUAACGUUUUUGAUGUAAAUCUUCCAUUGUUAUUGUUUUUUUCUCUCUUUUGAAUGGAGGAUUGUUUUACCACAUAAAAAGUGAAUGAAAAUAAUAUAAAUUAUCUAGUGAAAUCUCUUUAACUGAAUUGAAUUAGUAGUAAGGAACAGUUUGAAGACGUGAUAAUGGUUGUCUUGAUAAUAGGAAAUUAAAUAAAUAAGUUAUUACUAUGUAAUAAUAUUACUAUGUAAUAAUCAUUAUUGUCUCUCAUGGAUUACUUU